AUGCCUUAUUUUUACUACCCUCCCAACGUCAAGGUCAUGGCGGUUUGUAUGACUUUAGAAGGUAAAACUAGAGAUAAUAUCCGCCAGGCACUGGGCUUUCAGAUAUCCAAACAGUCUUUCAACCGCUGGCGAGAACAUUACGAGCAAACUCGUCGUGUGAUCCGAAACCCUGAAGAAUACGAGCGCCUUGGACGUCCAAGAACCUUAACAUCCGAGGAUUGCACCUUUAUGCUCCAGUUGGUGCGCAACGAACCGGGUCUUUUUUUGGAUGAAAUUCGCGAGAAGGUUUAUGAUGCAACCGGAACGCUACUCAGUGUGGAGGCGGUUCAUGAGAAUCUCGUCAAUAACUUGUUGAUUACCUUGAAGAAGGCCGAAACGUUGAACUCUCGAAAGUGCUUGCUGAAGAAGUAUCGCUAUGUUGCACGGAUGUCAUUCUAUCCGGCAAACUAUCUGGUGUUUACAGAUGAAAGUGCCAUUUGUGAUCGUGCAUUGCUCCGCACUCAUUCGCGAUCGCCUUGUGGAACUCCUGCGGCUCGAUACAUCAUCCGACAGAAUCCGGAACGAUUCAGCAUCCUUCCAGCCAUCUCGAUAAACGGUAUAAUUGCCUUGAAGGUUCGCGAUGAUACUUACACUGGGAUUAAAUUUGAACAUUUUCUUAAAUGGACGUUGCUCCCACGCAUGAACAAGUACCCCUCUCCCAAUUCAGUUCUCGUUUGCGAUAACGCUCGUAUCCACCGUGGUCGUUACAUCGAGGCGAUAUGUGACAAAUUUGGUGUGCGGGUGAUCUAUCUACCGCCGUAUUGCCUGGAGCUCAAUCCUAUCGAGCUCUGUUUUGCGAAUGUGAAGAGUCAUCUUCGAAGGACACAGGCGCUAUCGGUGACCGACCAGCCGGAAGCGCUAAUACACCGCGCAUGUGUGAAAGUAAUGACGGCAAGUCUCUGCCAUAAAUUGUAUCGCCAUUGUGGCUAUGUUGUACCAUCCCUUGAACAUCCAUCUCGGCCCCGGCGUUUUCAAUGA